UCACUGGACCAUUCCGAUGGUGGUUUUUCUGCUUGUCCCAGGACGCGUCUUAGGCGAGUCGGAUACUUUGAUUUAGAAUAUCCAAUUUACAAAAGCAAAAUAUUUUUCUUUUAAACUGAGUAAAUAAAUACCAAACAAAUAUAUAAAAUAAGCAGAUGGAGAGAAAAGUCGGAACUGAAGGGAGAUGGUACUUAAGGUUGGAACAUCGGGGCACCUUUUACGACGGACGGAGUUAUUUCCGGAAGAGAAUGGGCGGGUAGAGAAUUCUGAGCGAUUGGCGGGUUUUGGGCUCUUCCUAAAUAUUUGAUCAUACCGCAGCGGUGGAAGCCGGACACGUGAGGACGUAGUAACGCCACCACUGCCGCAACAGAGUUGUUCGGACUCCCCCAUGGCCACGUCUGUGGAUUUUAAAACUUACGUGGAUCAGGCAUGUAGAGCUGCAGAGGAAUUUGUCAAUAUUUACUAUGAGACAAUGGACAAAAGACGUCGGGCACUAACCAGGCUGUAUCUGGACAAGGCCACUUUGAUAUGGAAUGGAAAUGUUGUUACUGGGCUGGAAGCCCUGGCUAAUUUUUUUGAAAUGUUGCCUUCUAGUGAGUUCCAGGUCAAUAUGUUAGAUGGCCAGCCAGUUCAUGAGCAAGCUACCCAGUCCCAGACUACAGUUCUUGUUGUGACCAGUGGAACUGUGAAGUUUGAUGGAAACAAACAACACUACUUCAACCAGAACUUCCUACUGACUGCUCAGUCCACUCCUAACAACACUGUGUGGAAGAUUGCAAGUGAUUGCUUCCGUUUUCAGGAUUGGGCUAGUUGUUAAAAAGGGCAAAAAGUCCAUUCUCCUUUGGUCCAUUAGUGCCAGCAAGAGAAAUUUAUGUGAAUUAAUUCAUUUCAUUGUAGAAGCACUAUAAACUGGUGUUUGCUGAAACUAAAUUUCUUUAAUGUUUUUUGAUUCCUAGAAGCACCUUUUCUAGCAGCUGCCAGUUUGGAUUGUUGCCAUUAAGAGUUUUGAUGCUAGUUUCUUACAUGCCUUAUAUACAUUCCAGUACUAAUGUUAUAGUAAUAUUAAACCUAUGCUCUCUGUACUAACAUACUCCCUGUGAACCCAACCUACACAAAAAUGAAACACUCUCAUAAUACCAUUUAUGGUCUAUCAGCACGACAUAACUCUCUGGGGUAAAGUGUUUUUUUGGUUAUUACGUUAAUUUUGUUAUAAAACACAUGCCUACUUUCAGAAAACACUGGUUAAUAUAGUUUUAAUAUAUGGCUUUUUCAUAUCAGUUUAAUGAGAAAACUACUAAUUUUGGGUUUGCAUAACUAUUCUUGAUAUGUUGGAAUUGCACAUAGACCUGUACAGUAGUCGUCUUUUUUUCAUGUGAAGUAAUGUUUUUUGUUGGCAUGUUUUUUUUGUGAAGUCAGUUGAUUGACCAGAGAGGUACAAAAUGAUCUAAAUUGAUACCCUGAGUAUUGGAUAUAUUUAAUGGCUUAAAAGCAAAGCUUCUUAAACAGAUUUUUUUUGGCAUUUCCAGGUCUGUAAUUUUAGGUAAUA